AUGGAAAAUGUAUGUGAGUUAAAUAAAAACGAUGAAAUAAAAAGGAUUUUAAAAAAUAUAAAAGAUAGUGAAAAUACAAAAGAAAAAUUUUGUAACAUUUUAUUGUUGACAAAAAAUAUAAAAGAUUUAAAAGAAAAUGAUAAAAUUAAAAUUUUAAAAGCUAUAGAUAUUGAAUUUAUUUGUUUAUUAUUGCGUUCAAAAAAUGAAUUUAAAUUAUUUACUCUUCGUUUAAUAAAUAGUUUAGUAGGUAAUUCAACUUUUCUUUAUUUAAAAAAAUGCUUACCUUUUAUUAAUUCUAUUAUUUAUUCUUAUUUAUCUUAUAUAAAAAAUGCAAAUAAUGAAAUAAAUAAAGUUGAAAAAAAAGAAAAUAACAUAAAAAUAUAUGAGAAGAAAAAUGAAGAAUAUGUGAAUAAUUGUAAAAUUGAGAGUGAAGAAGAAGAAAAUAAUGAAUGGCAUGAGGAUGAUAUGAAAGAUAUCAAUGUAAUUUAUAACGAAUGCUUAAUUUUUUUCUUAAAAAUUCAACCAUUUUUAAAAACAAAAGAUUUUAUAAAAACUACAUACUUUAAUAAUGAAAAUAAUGAUAUUGAUGUUGAUGUUGAAAUGUAUUUUUUCAACAAAAGUUUAAAAAGAAAAUAUUGUGAAAACGUAGAUUAUAAAAAUGAAAAAAGAGAGGUUAAUGAUAUGAAUGAAACAUUAGAUAGUGAUAACUUAAAUUCUGAUUCUGCAUUUUCUGAAGAUGAAGAAAAUGAAGAAAAUUUUAGAUCAAAAGAAUAUGAUUUUUAUUAUUAUGAUAAAAAUAUUUGUUUAAUUGAAUUAAUCUUUGAUGUUUUAAAAGAAAAUAUUAAUAUUAAAGAAUUAAAGAAUGGAAAAAAUAAAAUAAAAAAAGAAAAAAGUGAAGAUAAAAAAAAAGUAAAUAGUAACGAUAUAGUAAAUAUAAAAUCUCCGAUGAUUCAUGAAUCUAUUUUUUCUGAAAUACUAUUAAAUGAACAAAAUAUUAAUAUUUCUUUACUUUUUUUAAACAAUAUAAUUUUAGAACUCCAUGAAAAUAAAUUUAUAAAGGAAUAUUUUUAUUUAUUGAAUAAAAUAGUUGAAAAUUAUGAUAAACAUAAUAUAGUUACAUCAAUGAAUUGUUUGACUCAUUUAAAUAUAUAUAUAAAGAACAAAGGUUUUCAUGAUAUAUUAGAUGAAAAUACCAUUUACAAGUUCUAUGCAAAUAUUAUAUAUUUAUUUUCUCAAAUCAAAUAUGAGAAAGAAAAAAAAGUUUUAUAUAAGUUAUAUUCAACCAUAUAUUCCUGUCUUAAUUUUAUGUUUGUUAAUAAAAAUUCUAUUGAUAUUUUAAAAACACCAUUAUCUUAUAUGAACGUUGAAUUAUAUUUAUUUCUUGAAGAUAUUAUAAAAUAUGUAAAUCAGAAUGAUAAUAAAAAUUUUACUUUUUGUAAUAAACAUUUCAAAAAAAUGUUUCAUUUAAUAUGUAAAAAUAUAGAAAAUAUCAUAAAUUUUGUUAGUUAUAAUUAUUCGUUGAAUGAUGGAUUUGAAAUAAAUAAAAAAAUAGAAGAAAAAAGUGAAAAUGAAGAAAAUAAUAAUAAUGAAGAUAAUAUAAAUAAAGUUAAUAAUUACACAAAUAAUAAUAAUAGUAAUUUCAAUAAUAAUAAUAAUAAUAUUAAUAAUAAUGCAGAUAAUAACAAAAUAAAAAGCAUUUAUGAAUAUACUAAUGAAAAUAAGAAAAAAGAACAAAAAUACAAUGACACAUUAUCAAAGAAAAGUUCGAACAUAUUAAGUAAUAACAACUUAGAAAUAAAUGAUAUUUAUAUUGUUAUUUCUAAAAUAAAAAAAUCAAUUGAUGUUUUAUUAGAAUUUUUUAAAGAUAUAAAAGGAAAAUUUAAAGUUUUAAAUGAAGAUUCCAAUGAUUUUAAAAAAUUUAAAAAUGAGUUUAAUGAGGAAAUAAAUUUAAUGAUACAACUGUUUUGCAAUUAUUUAAUUCAUGAAAAUAUUUAUUAUAUUGAUGAUUUUAUAAAACUAUUAGAAUUUUUUGCCAUUUUUCUAGAAGAAAAAAACUUUUUUUUUCUUCUUAUUGUAAAAAAUGUUCAUGUUGAUAGAUAUUUUAAUAACAAGAUUUUUAUCUCAAAACUUUUUCUGUAUGUUUUUGAUAUCAGUUUGAAAAAUAUUAUUCACGUAAAAAUUUUAUUUGAUUUAUUUAAUAAAUGUACUUUUAACAUAAUAGAAUUUAUAGAAAUAAAUGUGAAAAAGGAUAUUUCCGAUAACUCAUCAAUUAUUGAAAAUUCUAUCAGUAAUUAUGAUUUAAUUGAAAAUUUAAAUAUAUCAGUAGAUAAAUUAAAUAACUUAAAAUUUGUUUAUACAAUUUGUGAAGAUGAAUAUAACAAAAACACCAAUUGUAAUUUCAAAGAAAAUAUAAAAAACAUUAUUUUAUUCAGCACUUACUUUUUCUUUUACUACUAUUUUAAUAUUUUGAAUCAAAAAAUUGAGAACUCAUCUAAGCAAAAAUUUGAUAUUGUUAAAGAUAAUUAUUAUAAUUUAUAUAACAAGCAAAUUGAAAAAGAUGGAAAAAAUUUUUUUCUCUCAUUAAAGAUUUUAUUAUCCAUUUCUUCUUUGCUUUUUAUGAGAUUUGAUGCUUAUGUAUUAACUCAUAUUUUAAAAAAAAAGGAUAUUCUUUUUAUACAAGAUUGCAUGAUUUUAUCCCUUUUAAAUUUGAAGUUUUUAAAUGAAUAUAAAAUGGAUAAUAAUGAAGAAAGUCAAAUAAAAAGAAAAAAGAAAAAAUAUUUUUUUCAAAUUUUAAAACUAAUUUAUUUUAUCAUGUAUUAUCAUCCUUAUUUUAUUUCUCUAUUUAUUUUUCGCCUAAAACAAAUGAAUGAAGUAAAUCAUACAAUAUUUUUUGAUACAAAAAAAAUUAAAAUGAAGGAAAAAUAUAUAUCUAUUUGUAUGUUCUUAAAUAAUUUUAUAAAGAAUUAUGUAUAA